AUGUAUAGUUAAACUUAUGGAAAAUAAUAAGCUACUAAGACAGCAAAAUUAAAAUUCUUUUGUUAAAUGUGUAGAAAAUAAUGUUAUGAUGAAAAUGGAUUUCGUUGUCAUUUAAAUUCAGGUCAUCAUAUGAAAAUGAUGAGACUUUAUAAUGAAGAUCCUGAAAAUUAUAUUGAAUAAUUUAGUUAAGAAUUUGAAACAGCUUUUAUGGAGAUAUUAAAAGAAAAAUAUAAAGAGUAAAAGAUUGGCUCAAAUAAAGUUUAUGAAGAAAUGAUUAGAAAAGUAGAUCAUGUACAUUUAAAUGGAACCAAAUGGACUAAAUUAACAGAUUUCAUUUAAUAUUUAAUUUCAAAUAACAAAAUUGGUUUUGAUCAUUCUUAAGGAGAUAUUGUGAUUUGGAAUCUUAAUAUGAAUCCAGAUAAAAUUAAAUAUGAUAAAGUAGAAACAAAAAGAGUUAAGUUAGUUGAAAAAUAAAAUGCCUUAAUUGAUAAGUCAUUAGAAAAGCAAAUAAUUAAAGGAUAAUAAUAAGAUUCUAAUAAUCAAAUUUAAAAGGAAUCUUUGGAUUUGAAAUCUACUGAAUAAGAAUGUAUUAAAAAUUAAAUUGAAGCUUAGCCAUAAGAAUAAUUUAUAUCAUUUGGUAUUAGUUUCAAUUAAGCGAAUAAAAAAGACAGUCAUAUAGUAUUAGAUGUUGAGACUCAAGUAAAUAAAUAGUGGAUAGAGGAAAGUCUUCUCAAAUAAUAAGGUUUAAAGGAAAAUAUGGAGAAAUUAUAUCAAAAUAUUAAGUAUAAAAAUAAUUAAAACACAGUAAAUUAACCUUAAUAAGUAACAGAAUAAGUUAUUGAUGAUUUUCCAUGGAUUCAAGAAAAUAUUGUUGUAAAAGUUAUAGAUAAAUAAUUAAACAAUGGAAAAUAUUAUGGAAAAAAAGGUAUUGUGAGAAGAGUCUUAGAUUAAUAUGGUGGAUUAAUUGAAAUUUAAAGUAGUAAUAAAGAGAAAGUGAUUAUUGAUUAGAAGUUCCUAUAAACAGUAAUACCCAAAAUUGGAAAUCUAGUUAUGAUUUUAAAGGAUGGAUAGCAUAGAGGGAAAGUGGGUAAACUUGAAAGUAUUCACUAAGAUAACUAUAGUGGAAGUGUAUAUUUAGAAAAUGAAAAUAUACUUUUAGAAAUGCCAUUUGAUUUAUUUAGUAAAAUUAAUUGUGAAUGA